GAACAGCACCAACAGGCGGCUUGCUCCACGCGCAGCACCGCUAACAUCUAUGGAGGUCUACCGCCACCUACUGAAAAGCUGAUUGUUAGUGAGAAGCUGUCGCUCCAACAUGAAGGGCUCUACUGUCAUAAUCUUCUUUCUGAACACUGUUAACGUCAUCGCACUUGUUCCCCAUGAAAUAACAUAUUUUCUGGGCUGCUUUGAGAAUGGCAGCACUGCGGUACAAUUUGAAUUUGAUGGUGAGGAAAUGUUAUAUGUCGACUUCCAAACAGACGAGGUAGUUUACACCGUACCCACCUUCAUUGACCCUGACCCUGCCCAGGUUUUAGUUGGUUUGAGUAUCCUGCGUGAUGCUCAUGAUAACAAGGAACUGUGUUCAGGUCUACUAGGUGUGUUGAAACACGAAGAUACAUCUCCACAAAAAGAAGACGCUCCGAACUCCAUGAUCUUUCCCUCAAGAGAGGUGGAGCUGGAAGUUGAAAACAGCCUCAUCUGCUUUGUAAAUAAUUUCUAUCCACCCUCCAUCAAAGUCAGCUGGACUAAAAAUGGCCACCCAAUCUCAGAGGGGGUGUCACUCAGUCGAUAUCAUCCCAAUAACGACCAAACCUUCUGCCAGUUCUCAACUUUGACCUUCACACCGAGUGAGGGGGACAUUUACUCCUGCACUGUGGAGCAUCCCGCCCUGGAGACGCCUACAACAAGAAUCUGGGAAGCAGAAAUCAUCAAAAAGGAUGAAAGUCUUUGGCCUGAUAUUUACUGUGGAGUCGGUCUUGGUGUGGGUUUGUCGGGAAUCACAGUCGGAGUGUUUUUCAUUGUCAAGAGUCAACAUGUAGCAUAAGGUUUUAGUUUUUAAAUAUAGUAAACUGUUACAAUCUUCACAUACUUGGGUUAUGAUUUUCAUUUGUGUUUUUUUUUUAAUCAUUUCCUUGUUCAUCUUGUUUCUUAGGUCUUGCCAUAUUCUGUUCAUUCUGUAUUAUUGUCAGAAGGGUGUUGUCAUAAAGUUUAUUACUUUGUGUUUAGUUUCUUUGUUUAUUCUUGUGUUUUCUUCAUUGCACAUUUGAAUUUAGUUGUAUUAGAUCACUCUCGUUCUUUUACAGUGAGUUUAUAGUUUUUUGAGUCUCCCAUUUGUACUCGGAACUUGAAAAACCCGACUUCCCAGUCGAAGAAAAUCGACUGGAACGCCCCCUGAAGUCGGGCUUCCCACUAAAAGAAUAGGAGAAACUCCGACUACCCCUGGUUAGGAUUUUAAGACCAACUUUGUGUUAUUUUGUGUAAGAAGAGUCCAUCUGAAAUCAUUGUUACAUGUAGCACCUCCAUCUCUAAGCUGAACAAAUUAAAAGUGGUGUUUUCUUGUGGAAAGUAAAGCUUAAAACAAUGUUUUUAAGACAUGCCAUAUAUUUUGUAUACUUUUUGAAAACAAAACAUUUUACUCUGCAUCAGAUGUCAUUUUUAAAUUUAGUGAACACUGUGUAUAAUUUUCGUCCUUAUUUAAUAAACAAAAAAUGU